AUGGCGUGCGCGAUGAUGGUGAUGGCGACGGUGACGGUCGGCGGCGCGCGGGCGCAGACGUGCGAGGCGGGGUGCGCGCCGGAGAGGGAGGCGCGGGACGCGGCGAGGCGAAGCGCGACGCUGGCGCGAGAGCGAGACGCGAUUAAAAGCGAUUACGAUGGGUUGACGAAGGAUUUGGAGCGAGCGAGGCGAGAGGCGAAGGAGGCGGUGCGAGCGGCGACGGCGCGGGCGACGGCGGCGGAGAGUGAGAGGGAUCGGGCGAAGGCGGACGGGGAGAGGCGAAGGAGCGACGCGGAGACGAUGGAGAAGCGACUCGAGCAGACGAUGAAGGAAUUGGACAAGGUGAGGAGCAGCGAAUCGAGGCGAGUGACGAUGUUGGAAGAACAGGUGCAACUCGCGGAAGAGGCGUGGGUGCCGAUUUGGCUUCAACGUCGCGCGGAGCCGGUGACGAAGCGGGCCAAGGAAGCGGUCGAGAUUGGGAAGAAGACCACGGCGCAAGCCGUCAAGUUGGGUCAAGAGAAGACGGCGCAAGCGGUGGAGUUCGGCAAGGAAAAUAUCCCCAAGGUUGUUCAAGCGGUUGAGAAGCAAACGAAGAAAGUGGUGGAGGUGAGUAAGGAACAGACGGCGAAAGUCGUCAACGCCGCCAACGAGCGCAUCCCGCACGUGGUGAACGCCGGGAAAGAACAAACCGCCAAGCUCGUGAACGCGGGUAAAGGCGUCGUGGACGGCGUCUCUAAGACGGUCGGUCAGAUUCCGAAAAAGGUCAAGGUUCUCAAAGAACUCAAGCAAGACUUCAAGGAGGCUAAAGCUAUUCACGAAAAGAAGCUGAAGACGGGCAAGCCGCAGAAGAAGUAUCCGCAAAAGUUUUCGACACGACAAGCCGUUCGCGCGCUCGAGCUCACGACCGAAGCCAAGAGUCUCUGGCGUGUCGUUACGGCGAAAAUAUCCGCGGCGGGGUUCCUCAGAGGAAUUUUUACCUUGGUUAAGGACGAGUUCAAUCGCAUUUUCAACGCCGUGAAGAAGUCGUACCGCGAACGUUUCAUCCCGUUCACGCAAACCGUACGAGCGUUCACGGCCAAGCACGUUGGGAUCAAGCUCGCCACACUAAUUCUUGGGCUUCCGACCGACGUUCUUCAGAAGAUUCCUUUCAACUUGUCCUCGUACGGUGUCGAGAAGCUUUCGGUGAAGAUUGCCGACGGAAUUUGGACAGUCAUCGUGAGCAUUUUUGUCAUUGCGAUUCUGCGCGACAUUUUCAUCAUCCCUGAAAACAGCUACGCCGCGACGUACUCUUUCAUGAAAGUUCCCGAAGAGAACGGUGUUGACGUCCUCAUUCGUUUGCCGCGCGUGGAGAGCAUGGAUGAGGUCGAUUUCCAAUUCGAUCAAACGUUCAACCAAAUCACCAUCGACGCCGAGCAAGCGGGGCACAGCGAGCUUAUCGUCGUGCCCAAGUGCAAGAUUGGCGUCAAACGAUGGGCCAAGCCUUCCCCAAUUUUUUUGGAAGGUGAAGAGGUUGUGCUCGUCGAACUUCGUCCCGUCGGCUCUGGAAGAGAUCGCUCCUCCAUCGCAGACACUCAGCCACCGCGCGCGCCGUCAGCUCUGUUUCAGCCGUUUGCGCCGGUGACGAAGCGCGCCGCGCCCAAGAAAAAGGCAUCAGCGGACAAAGUCACCACGGCUCGUACGUCGAGAAGCCGACGCUAA